UUUCUUUUGCAUUCUUUUGUACCGAUUCCUUUAUCUCCAUGGAUGCAGGUAAGACCCCAUCUUGGAGCCCACUUCGAAAAAAGAUUGUUCGGAAGAAAAAUUCCCAUGGAAAUUUGGAUAGAUUCAUACCGAAUAGAGCAGCAAUGGAUUUCGACUUUGCUCGUUAUAUGAUGACAGAAGGGAGGAAGGUGAAGGAAAAUCCCCUAGCGAGUUCUCCAUCCAAAGGGGCUUACCAGAAGCUACUUGCAGAAGUUUUCAACAUGAACAGGACGAGAAUUCUAGCUUUCAAAGACAAGCCACCCACCCCUGUUGAGCUGUUUCCUACUGAAGUAUAUUCUUCUCAACAAUUGAAAUCUGUGAAGCCUCGAAGGCACAUUCCUCAGAGUUCUGAGAGGACAUUAGAUGCUCCUGAUAUUUUAGAUGACUACUACUUGAACUUACUGGACUGGGGUAGUAGCAAUAUCCUGUCAAUCGCCCUUGGAAACACUUUAUAUCUAUGGAAUGCUUCAGAUGGUUCUUCUUCUGAUCUUGUGACAAUUGAGGAUGAUUAUGGUCCCAUUACAAGUGUCCGCUGGGCUCCUGAUGGUCAGCACAUAGCCAUUGGCUUACACAAUUCUGAAGUCCAGCUUUGGGACAUUACAGCGAAGAGAAAGCUGAGAACUCUUCAUGGAGGCCACCGAGCACGAGUGGGUGCACUUGACUGGAACAAUUAUAUCCUGACAACAGGAGCAAUGGAUAGUCGCAUCAUAAACAAUGAUGUGAGGAUGAGGUCUCAAAUUGUUGAAACCUAUAGAGGACACACCCGAGAGGUCUGCGGGCUAAAAUGGUCAGCCUCAGGCCAGCAACUAGCAAGCGGAGCAAAUGAUAACCUUCUACAUAUAUGGGAUAAGGCAAUGGCUUCUUCAACCCGGUGGCUGCAUAGAUUCGAAGAUCACACAGCUGCUGUGAAAGCUCUUGCUUGGUGUCCCUUCCAGAGUAAUUUGCUUGCCUCUGGUGGGGGUGCAGGAGACCGUUGUAUAAAGUUUUGGAACACUCGAACAGGUUCCUGCUUGAAUUCAGUGGACACUGGUUCACAAGUUUGCUGUCUGCUCUGGAACAAGAAUGAGCAGGAGCUUCUGAGCUCUCAUGGGUUCACAGAUAAUCAACUAACUCUGUGGAAAUACCCAUCUAUGGUAAAGAUGGCAGAGCUUACUGGUCAUACGUCAAGAGUUCUAUUCAUGACUCAGAGUCCAAGUGGCUGCACUGUGGCAUCUGCAGCAGCAGAUGAAACAUUAAGAUUUUGGAAAGUUUUUGGGAGUCCAGAAGCAGGUAAGCCUGCACCAAAAACAAAUUCAGAGCCAUUUGCAAAUGUAAGCCGCAUCAGAUAGAGCUUCUGGGAAGAUGUUUGCAAUUUUCAAGGAAUCUCUUCAAGAAGGUAUUUUGUUUGUCUUCCAUUUU